UUAUGGGAAAUUGUCUGCAAGGUUUGAGCAAAUGUAUUGAUGAAAUCAAAGAUGGAAGCAACAGUGGAGCAUAUGAACCCAAGAUGGAUCAAMUUUUACUUAAAAGAAUAAUUAUGCUUGAAGAAAGAGUGAUUGAGCAGGACAUAGACAUGAAGAGUCUUAAAGCCUUCCUAUCGCGUCUUGAAAUCCGUCGUCUGGAGGACAAGGAAAAGGUUCGCUCCCUUGAAUUCUCGAUGAAAAAGUUGAAACACGUGUCUUGGCAAAAUAGUGGUAUUYCCUUGAAAGAUGAAGAAGACCGUAUUACCAAAGUUGGUGAAGCGAUCAAGGAUUUAAGGUUGAGGCUAGACAUGCARAGCUCAUUACUUCGAAAUAUUAACAACGACGAUAAUUAUGACAAGGAUGAAAAUGGCAAACUAGUCGACGCACUUGAGAAAGGAAUCAGACAGGGACGUAAGCACCUCAUUAACCUAGAACAACUAUUUCAACCUUUUUCUAUGGACACAAACAACUCCCUGAGUAGACCUGAUACCUAUGAUCAAGAUACAACUAUAAGCCUGUAAUCACUGUUGAUCGUGGGAAUACUUUUAUUGUAAUGACGUGUGGAAUAUAAAAAACCGUC